CAUUCAAUCCUCGACCGAAUCUGGGUGAGCCCCUCUUCAUCGUACCAAGUUAGAUAGAAUUACGAGCAAUUUUGACCUAAUUUUCACUCUGCACCAAUACAAAUCUUCUGAAUUUCUCCAUUGUUUUCCCGAUCCCUCUGUAUGGAGAAGAUUUUAAGCAAGUUUACACAAGAAGAUUCGAUCGAUCGCCUGCCCGAUGAACUGCUAAUUUCGAUUGUUUCACGCUUGCCGGUGAUAGAAGCAGAAAGGACUAACCUCCUUUCUCGCAGAUGGAGAUACUUUUCGAUGUUUAGCUCGAUUCUUGACUUUGAUGCUUCGAGAGUGCUCUUCAAAUUGGAUCAAGAAAGGACAUCCCUUAAAGCCGAAAGGAGAAAAUUUGUGAGAUGGGUGAACAGAGUAGUCAGCCUACAUUCUGGCGAAGCCAUAGAAGAGUUUCGAAUAUCGUUCGAUUUAGAUAAGAGUGAUGCCAAUGAUAUAUGUAAAUGGUUAAAAUUCGCAUUUGAAAAGAAGGUUAAAAGGCUAGAAUUGAAUUUGAUUCAAAGUUAUACUGGUUUAUCAGAUGCGCAAUAUACUUUCCCAAACAUGUACGAUAGCGUCGAGUGCUCGCGUAUUUUACCUCUCGGCAUUUCAAGUUGCGAAUCGCUAGUGAAACUCAGUCUGAUUGAAGUUGAGGUAACUGAAGAGACUCUCAACUUCUUCGUAUCCAAUUGUCCGUUACUUGAAGAAUUAUGUAUUAUAUAUUCAAGCUACCUGAAGAAAUUGACAUUUAAUUUCCCGUUGAUUCGGCUGAGGCGUUUGGAAAUAGCCUCCACAGGUGCUUGUAAAAGCGUCGAGAUUUGCGCACCGAAUCUGCGUUCGUUUGCAUUCUAUGGGUUUUAUAGGAUUCCCAUUGCCUUGAAGAAUGUUUCGUCUCUUAUUAGUUUAUCCUUUGGGGCAAUGAGUCCUGUGAUAUUAAUUGAUUAUAUGAACCAAUUAUCGGGUUGUCUUUCUCUGCUCGAGUCUCUGACGCUUCACACAUCUAUAUUUCAGGAUUAUGUACUGGCAAAAUGUCCAGAUUUACCUAAGCUCAAGAAAUUAGUACUCGAUAUUAUGCGCCCAAGUGGAUAUGAAAGUCUACUGUGUUUUACUCCCCUAAUGAGUGUUGCACCUUCAUUACGUGAGCUUGUAUUGAAGCUCCAAUGGUCUGAAAACUUUAUGCGAAGAACGAUUCAUACUGUUAAAGCACAGAAUAGACAUCUUGGUGUAGAAGUGCUUCAGAUAGAAGGUUUUGCAGGCGGUGAUAUUGAUGUUGAACUGGCUGAGUAUGUGAUUGAGAAUGCGCCUUCACUCAAGAAAAUAGUUAUUGAUUUUCGUCGAAUUAAACCUAAUGUUUUUCGCAAGUACGAGAAUGUAAUGGCUAAACAAGGUGAAGCAGACAUUGUGGAUAGCGAUCGGAUGGCAAUAGCUAGAGAAGGUGCUGCUUUGCUAAAAGCAAAACUCGCUGCAGGUGUUGAACUUAUUAUUCGAUGAUAAAGUAACAUAUUUAUAUUAGGACAUGGUUCGAGUUUUUUUUUUUU